AGAGCUCGCUUUGGAUCACCCUCCUGCUCGCUGCGAGGAGCCCAGCAGCCUCUGGGACUCAUGACGCAGACUUUUCCGUGAUAGUCGCCCAACGCAUCAGUUGUGUAGAUCGUGUACGCUUGAUGAUGAUGUACCUCUAGACCCCUACCGGCCUGCUGCUGCCACUGAGGCGUAUCGUUCUCGUUGCUGAUUACCCCUCGCUCCGAAGCCCAUCGUCACGAGGCUCGCCCAUCGUCGCAGGCGGUCGCAGGCGGCCAUGGCGGGCACGCAAGCGACGGGCAGCUCGCACGUGUUCGCGCUGCUGCAGGAGCUGGGCAACCGCGUCGCGCCAUCCGCCACCGCCACCGCCACCGCCACCGCUACGGCGGCCACGGCAGGCGCGAGUCAGGCGGGCGAGGGCGAGGAGGCGGCGGCUGUGGAGCGGCGGUUCCGGGAGGUGCUGCCGACGCUCGUGCGCAAGCACCUCGUCCCGCGCAUCGAGCGCGAUCGCGAGGUGCUGGCGAUUCUGAAGCUGCUCAUGCACAUCGCGAGGAACUACCCCGGCACCUUCCUGCACGGCCACGCGCGCACCACGCUCCCCUUCAUCGCGCGCGUGCUCGUGCUGUUAGGCGAGGCGCCGCUCAGGUCGCGCGUGGCGUGCAUCGUGGACGUGGUGUGGGCGCUGGCCGCCCUCAUGCACGGGAGCGACGACCACGCGUUCAUCCACUUGGUCGCUGACAUCGUCACGCUCAUUCAAGACGCGGCUGCGGUGGCCAUGCAGCUGGGCAGCAAGCAGCCGUGUGGGCAGCCCACGCACGGACAGGGAUCAGUGCCCACUGCACCACUGCAUGCACUGCGCAUGUCAUUCCACCAAGCUGCAUCGUCGCCCCUCUCACUCCAAAGUCACCACCGGCAGGAGCAGCAGCAGCCUGCCUGUUUGCUGCCAGACCUGCCUCCCGAGUGGCAGCCCAGGGAGGAGCAGGGCUGUGGCGUGCUGGUGAACGUGGGUGGUGCCGACCAGUGGCAGGCUGUUGCUGAGUUCGGUGCGCUCUUCCUCUCACGCCUUGUGCGGGACCACGCUGCUGUCCACAGCACAAGGAAUCUCAGCAGCAGCGGCAGCAGCAGCGGCAUGGGCGCAUUCAGGCGCCUUGUCACGGCGGACUGUUUUUCAGCGCUGGGUGCUUUCCUGUGCUUUGGAAGCGCCAAGCUUCACAAGGCGUGCUUCUCUGCGCUGCGGGACCUGAUCAGCGCAUGCAGCGCGCCUCCCCUGUGCGCGGACGAGCUGCUGCUGUCGCUCCUCACCAUCGUCGCCACCACCUCGUCCGGCCCUUGCCUCCCUGCCUUCAGGACGGGCUGCUACGACCAGUCUUUGGCGGAGUGCCUUCACGCCCUCGCCUCUGCUGCCUCUCACGGCACCCUGCACGUGGCGGCGCCGCUGCUGCUCUCGCUCUUCCCACAUGCGCUGCUGCACACCACCUGUGUGCCCCUGCAGGUGUCUCUCCUCAGCUGUCUCCACCGCACCAUUCUCGUCAUCCUGCCCUCACCUGCCGCCUGCUCGACUGCACCAAGGGCGCCCGUGGACGCCACCUGUGCCCACUUUCAUCGCCUCCUGCUGCACCUGCUCCCGCUCCUCUCCUCUCCGCCUCCAGUCAGCACCCCCCUCGCAGCCUGCCUGUCUGUGCUGCUGCGCCGCCUCCGUGUGUUCCUGCAUAAGGUGAAUCUGCAGGGCCAUUCCAAAGGGGCUCACACAGCUGCUGCGGAGCAGUCUGGAAGAGGGGAUGAAGGCAGAGUGGCGUUGGGCGAUGAGGAGGGUGGGGCAGCAGAGGGUGAGGUGAAAGGGAAGAGAAAGAGAGGUGCGGGCAGUGGGAUGGGGAGGAAAGGGGUGGAGGAUGAAACGGGCGGCGAGGAAGGUGAAGGGCGGGAGGUAGGGGUCAGGCAGGGGAGGGGAAGCGGCAAGAAGAGGCGGGGUGUGAAGGGCGCAGUGAGCAGGAGACGAGCAUCGGGGGCUGGAUUGGCGGUGGGGGCUGGAUUGGCAGUGGAGGCAGAGGAGAUCGAGGGCGAGGAAGGGGUGAACCCAGCAGCGGCAGGAGGGGACAUGGGAGAGCGUGUGGGAGCAGCAGGAGCAGCAGCGGCAAGAGCUGCAGAGAGAGAGGCAGGGGCUAGUUGUGAAGGAGGUGAGAGGCGUGGCAUGUGGUUCCGUGGGGCGCUGGUGGGGGAGGACGAGGUGGCCAGGCAGGCACAGCAGGUGCGGCGUGCUGCAGCGCAUGGGGGACGCGAAGGGCAGCUGCUGACAGCGGUGCUGGGGAGAGUGAGAGAGUUGUGGCCGCCAGAGGCUGCUGCGGUGAUUGCUGAGCAGACACAAGCGGGCAAUGCUGGUGGCGGGGGCGUGAAGGGAGGCAGAGGCCACAUGCCGGCGGAGGGCUCGCCUGUGGCAGCGUGCCCAGCAGACUCGAGUGCAGAUGCGUUGAAGCGGCUGAGGGGUCUGAGCGCCCUGUGCUCUGUGUUCCAGGCGCUGCCUGCCACCCUGUGCUGGUGGGCCACGGCCAACGCUCUGGGCGCGUGGAUGGCAUGGGCGAAUGCUCACCUCACUGCACACGUCUCCUCCCCCGCUACUCGCACCGCAGAGCACGUGAGCAGCGACGUGAGUCGAUGGCAUGUAGCACAGGCGCUGAUUGACAGCGCUGCUCGCUUCCUUGCUGCGCCGUGCCAGACCACCUGUGGUCUCGCGCAGGAAAGUGCUGCUGUUCCUCCAGUCACCGUGCGCCCCUUCCACUCCUCUGCUCGUUUGCUGCUCGCACAUGCUUGUGCUUGUGAGCACGGGGGCAGUAGCAGCUUCGUCCUGAGUCUGUGUCAAAUCAUUCUACUGCCGUGGACUCUUGGGGGCAAACUCGGCUGUGAGAAGGGCAGCUUGGAAGGCGGGCAGGGGAGUGUGGGAGCGGUGGAAGUAAGCAAAGGGAGUUCGCUGAGAGUGUCAGGUGCAGUGCUGUGGCAGCUGGUGGAUGGGCUUCAGAGCAAGCCACACCUUGCAGCACAGAGCGACGAGAAGAGGGAGAGGGGGGGGGAGGGAGAGCAGUCGCUGUGUGGUGUGACGAAGCAAGGAGAUGCAGCACAUGGCGCGCUGCUAGGAGAAUGGGCCGCGGACGUGGUUAAUGCUCUGGUGAAGAUGCUACAAGCGGCGAUGGCGGAUGACCAUGCAGGCGUGCGUUGUGCAGCAGUUGAGCAGCUUCCGUUGCUGCUGUGGGCGAUGAGGGGGGUGCCAUGCCGUGCCACUCAUGCCACUGCUGCUGGAACAGGGACGCAUGGCAAGGGGGUAGAGGGAAGCGGUGGUGGUAGUGCGUGUGCGGGGUGGAACCGGGACUGGGUGGUGCCGCUGCUCAGGAGCCUAUCAGCAGACACCAGUGAGGCGGUGCAGCUCGCAUGUGCGCGCACCUUGGGGCCACUCCUCUGCGCCCUCGCUCCCUCCCCCCUGCCGCUGCUGCCCUAUCGUCCCUCCCCUGCCUCCUCCCCUGCCUCGCUCCCCAUGUGCCCCGUCUGUUCUUGCGUCCUCAACACCCAACCGAGCGUCAUGGCCACCCGUGCUCAACCCCAAUCACCGGCCGAUGGGCCUGGCUGUGUGCCGUGCAGCCCUGGUCCGCGCAGCACCGCGGGCCCUGCAGCACUGCAGGAGGCGCGGGCAGACGCCAUCAGCCGCUGCGCCACUCCCCACCGCAGGCUGCCCGUCCCUCCGCGUGACCUGGCUGCCAUCAUCCCGUGCUUCGCUCGCCUCCACAGCCCCCCCGCUGUCAAGGCCGCCUUUGCGGCCUCGCUGCCCGCCAUUCUCCUGCACGCCUCGCCGUCCGACCUGGUGGCCCUGAGGCCCACCGUCCUCGCGUCCCUCAACUCGCUCUCCUCCCAGCCCGACUGCUGUGUGCGCUGGGCCUUCCGCCCCAUCAUUCGCUGCUUCUUCCUGCCACCUGUCGUCAUGCCACUAACCGGAGGCAACAUCGGGGGAGUGGAGCGAGUGGGGGAGAAGGGAAUGGGCGGAGGGGAGGGGGGUGGGGUGGAGUGGGGAGAGGGCGGGUGGAGUGAGGAGGAGCGGCAGGAGGCGGCGCUGAAGCUGCUGAAGAAGUUCAAGGGGCGGCUGCAGAGCGGCGAUGACGACGUGCGGCGCAAGGAGGCGGUGCUGGGGGCCGUGGGGGAGAUAGUGGCGUGUGCCGCCUCGGACCACCAGCUGCUUUUCUUCUCCUUCAUCCUCCUCGUGGAGCAGCUGGACGCCUUGCACGUGUCCCUGCAGGCCACUGCUGCCACCACUCUGCGCUCCUCCUGCCACCGACUCCUGCACCACCACUGCGCGCCCGCGCCUCAUAGCGCACCGCACACCCAUCGAGCUGACCUGCCAUUCGCGUCGUUGCCGUGCACGGCAGGCGCAGCGCAGGAGGCAGCAGCAGGCAGUGGUGGCGUGGGGGAGGGCGCGGUGGCAGGGGUGUGGGCGGUGGUGCAGCGCAUCCAGGACGACUUGUUUGACUACCUCUCCGCCCGCCUCGUCACACGCCCACGCCUCGUGCACGCCUUUGCACACGAUGUGCUGGGGUGGGACGUGGAGCAGCUUGUGAAGAGGAUGCUGCCGGUGGUGCUGCCCACUAAGGUGAUGGAAGCUGCAGUGGAGGAGGCGGGAGGCGGGUCGCCGCAGCACGCACAUGCAGAUGGCACGCAGCCCAAGGCGCUGGCAGUGCUGCAGGCGAUAGCGAGGGCGGAGGGCACGGAGCUGGCGCUGCUGCUGAUGAUGUGGGCGCACAAGAUCCUCGCGCGCCUGCUGCUGUGCACCGACAGCCACAGCCUGCUGCUGCUGCUGCACUUCUACGGCGCGCACACGGGGUUGUCGCCGCAGGACGUGUUUGGCGGCAUCACGGGGCCGCUGCUGGAGGAGAUGUGCUGGUUCCUGGGGGAUGACACCUCCGACCUCGCUCUCAAGCGCGCGAGCCGGGUGUUCCCCACAGUGCAGGAGCUGGUGGCGCUCAUCAGGGGCGGGCACCCCACGGCUGAGAGCGCGGCGGCGUUUCUGGGCGCGCACCUCAUGCGCAUCCUCAACGCGCUCGACCGCACGCGCUUGCGCCACCGCGCCAACCCGCUCGACCAGGCGCAGGCCCUCCGGGUCAUCGGGCAGCUCGCAAAACUUUCUGGUCCCAAGCGCCUGCCUGCGUUUGCUCCAAAGAUGUUUGCGCUGCUGUCGACUGGCGUGGAGCAGGGGCAGGACGAGAGUGUGCGCAGUGUGGGGCUGGACGUGUGGCUGGGGUUCGUGCACACGCUCGCACAGGACGCCCCUGCCGUGCUGAGGGGCAUGUGCCGCCAGAUAGCAGUGGCGCUGCUGCCGUGCCUGGAAGGGCCUGAGGUGCCCUCAGGGGAUGAGUGGCCGGGCGGGAGGGCCCAUAAGGCGGAUGAUGAUGAAGACGAGGGCCGGGAUGUGGACCAGGGGAAGGCAAAGGGUGUGCCUGGGAAAAGGCGAGGGAGGAAGGCGAGCAGGAGUGGUGAGGGCACGAGUGGUGUGGCGAGGGGGGGGGGUUGGGAGAAGGAGGUGAAGGAGCUGGCGAUGACGCAGCGAGCAGUGCGUGCGGCCCAGGGCGAGGACAUGUUCCGCCCGCACCUGCAUAAGGCUGCGGCCGUGCUGCGCGCGCUCGUCAUUGACAGUGCCGCCAUCCUGGGCACUCAGGUGCGCGCGCUGCCGCUGCUGCCGGAUCUGGAGGCGCUGCGAGACGUGAACGCCGCCAUCCAGGAGGCCAGGGGGCGACUGGGCUUCCGGGACAAGCUGCACCUCACAGCAGCGGGCCUGGGGCACGAGUCAAUCAGCGUGCGCCACGUGGCAGCAGAGGGCAUGAAGCAGCUGCUGCAAGAGCACCGGGGCGAGGUGGCGGGCAUGCUGGUGAGCGAGGGCGAGGUGGACAGGGAGGCACUGUGUGCGGCGGUGGCAGCGCUGCUGGCAGGGAGUGCGGAGGAGUCCAAGACCGUCACGAGCCACCUGCUCAAGCUCGCCUGCGCCGAGUGCCUGGGCGAGCUGGGGGCGGUUGACCCCGCGAGGCUAUCGGCGCCUGGGGGCGCUAGGGCCACCGCGCUGCAGCAGCAGGGCAUGGGGCAGGGGUGUGCGUCGGGUGGUGCGCUGCAUCUGGCGCGCGUGGUGCGCGGUGCCACCGACUCCGACGUGCAGGACGCUGCCGCGUGCGCCAUCCAGGAGAUGCUCCGACUGUUUGGGUGCCGCCCCAGCCGAGAGGAGGAGCAGGCGCACGAGGGAGACGAGGGGGCGAGGCGAGGGGAUGGAGGGACGGCAGAGGCAGGGGCAAAAGGGCAGGGUGGAGGAGGAACAGGGAAUGCAGGGUGGAGUGAGAUGGGGGUGAGGUUGUGGGAGCGGCUGAGGGGCGAAGUGAGGGAGGUGAUUACGCCGUGCCUCACCUCUCAAUUCAGCCUGCAGCGCCUGCCAGCACAGCCAUCCGGCAGGAGGCGAGCACGGCACCAACAGCGGCAGCAGCAGCAGCAGCAGCAAGGCUUUCCGACAACAUCAAGUGUGAGUGUUCGAGGGGGGGAUGUUAGCUGUCCCGAUUUCUCCGACGCCGUGUUUCGGCCGGGGGUGGUGUUCCGGCGGUGGCUGUACAAGUGGAUGCGGCGCAUGGUGGAGCGCGCACGCGGCUUCAGAGCCGGCAUCUUUGCCGCGUGCACCGGCAUCCUGCAGUUCGACGCGCCCACCGCACUCUUCCUCCUCCCACACCUCACGCUCAACCUGCUCUGCUUCGGCAGUGACGAAGCUAGAGAGGAGGUUCGGGAUGAAAUCCUGGCUGUCAUGACCUGGGCCUUGAGGCCAGCAGGUGGAGAAAGGCAGGGAACAUCUUUUCCUGCUGCUGGCGCCGCUGCUGAUAGCCGUGGUACGUCUGCUUCAGGUUCACUGGAUGGCAUUGCAGCAAGCAAGGGCGAUGCGAUGGUGGUGCAGGCCGUGUUCUCGCUGCUCGACUGGCUGCACUCGUGGGUGCAGCAGGCGAGCAGCGUUGUGGAGCAGGUCAAGAUGGCAGUCGUCUCAGGCAAACCCCCUCCCUCUGACGUCCUCUCCUCCCCUCUCCUCGCCUUCCUCGCCCUCCUCCCUCCCUCUCCGUCACCUGCCGCCGCCGCUACUGCUGGUGCCGCAGACACGGGGCCAGCAGGGCGAGCAGCAGCAGCAGCGGUCCCAGGGAAGGCAGCCAAGUUCGUGUGCUGUGCGGCGCAGGUGCAGCAUGCGGAGGAUGUGUGUGGGCGGGUGCGGUGGGUGGUGGAGCGGCAGGUGAGCAAGGAGGUGCUGGCGCACGUGGCCCUGCGCUGCCAGGCGUACUCGCGCGCGUUCAGGUACCAUGAGGCCAGUGUGAGGGAGAGGUGCGGCACUCUCAACCCCGCUGCCGCUGGGGGCGGUGCCAAGCCCACUCUGCCAUGCGAGGAUGGGGGGCAGAUCAACGAUGGUAGUGCAGCACAUGGGCGGAGGGAAGAGCAGAGGCAGGGAGGGGUGUUCCAAGAUGCUGACGUGUCGCUGCUGGUGGAGAUCUAUCGGUCACUGGAGGAGCCAGAUGGCGUGCGCGGGUUGGUCUGCCUGCGUGGGGCAGUGCGGGCAGGGGAGGCGAGUGGGGUGAGGGUGAGGGAUGAGAUGGUGAUGUGCGAGCAGGAGGGGCGGUGGGGGGACGCGCUCACACUGUAUGAGGAGGCUCUGGGGGAGGCUGCUGCACGGGGUGCUGCUGCACGGGGUGGUGGAUGGAGAUGGGGAGAUGAGAGGGCUGUGUGUGUGGAGGGUGGGAGCACAGGGUUGCAGGCGAAGCAGGCAAGGGGGGAGGGGGAAGAGCAGCAGAAGCAGGGGGGAGAGGAUGAGAAACGGGUGGCAGAAGGUGUGUGUGGUGAGGGAGCAGAGGGAGAGCAGCAGCAGCAGCAGGCGUGCAUGAGCGAGUCACUGCACAAGGGUCUGUUGGAGUGUCUGCUGAGCAUGGGGCACCUCCGUGUGGCCAUCACCCACGUGGAUGGGCUGCUGCUGCGCUACCCCCUCAGCGCGCCCACGUGGGCGGCCACGGGCGUGCAGGCGACGUGGCGCCUGGGCAGCUGGGACCUGCUGCACGACUAUGUGGUCGCCGCGCACGCCACGCCUCACCCUCACCCCGCGCGGCCACCAGGAGCACUAGGCAUCACCGGGCUGCUCGCUGGAAAGGGUGAGAGCUCGGGGGCGAAGCAGGCAGCGUGGGGUGGGGGAGGUGCGGUGAGCGCGGGCGGUGGGGGGUGGCAGGACGAGUUUCAGCUGGGGCUGGGCCGCUUGGGCUUGGCGCUGCGCUCAGGGGACUUGGCGAAGUGCCAUGAGGAGGUGGGUCGCACGCGCGCAUGCCUGCUGUCGCCGCUGGCUGCUGCUGCUAUGGAGUCGUACGACCGCGCCUACCCCGUGCUCGUCAACCUGCACGCCCUGCACGAGAUCGAGGCCUGCAUACCCGUUAUAAGCACUUGCAUGAAAGCACCAGGGGGAGGGAGGUCUGGAGCAGCUUUACAAGCAGGAGCAGCAGCAGCAGCAGCAGCAAGGGAUGCUCUAGGAAUGAACUACAAUGUACAAGAAUUCAGAGCACAGAUGAAAGAGAGGCUUCAGGCGUGGCCGAGCCGACUGCAUGCGACCCAACCAAGCUUCAAGGUUCGGGAGCUGGUCCUUGCGGUUCGGCGCAUGCUGUGCCAAGCCGCCGGACUUGAGGAUGAGGUUGGAAGGAAUUGGCUCGAGCUCUCUCGAACCUGUCGCAAGGCUGGGCACUGCCAGGCUGCCACCAGAGCUGUGCUGCAGGCUCGGGCGCUGGGAGCAGCAGGUUCAGAAGUGGAGGCAGCCAAGGUGUUGUGGGCGUCAGGCCGAGAGUACCAGGCCACCCAGGAGCUGCAGAAAUUCUUAACCGUUGCUGAAGCUGCUCGUAACGGGGAUGAGAACGGAGCAGCAGGGCGAGGAGGAAGCGGGGCUGGUGGAAGAGCAGGGGAGGGGGCACGAGAAGCGCAUGAUUCGUGGCAGGUGGCACGGGCUCUCGUGCUGCUGGCCCGCUGGUCCCACGAGACGCGGCAGAAGCAGACAGCGGACGUGGUACGGCUGUACGAGCGGGCGGCGGAGCUGCAGGCGGAGUGGGAGAAGCCCUUCUUCUUCCUCGCGCGCUACUUUGACGACCUGCUGGGCGACGCACAGAGGCGGCAGGACGUCGACGGGGGAGCUGCAGCAGCGGCAGGAGCAGCAGGGGGAGGAGGAGGUAAGGGAAGGGCCGGGAAUGGGGCAGGCGGUGGGAGGGGCAGGAGCAGCAUGGGCACGGGCGGUGUGUGUGGCAGCAGCGGUGCGGCGGUGCGGCUAGGCGUGGAGGAGGGGCCGUGGUGGCAGCACGUGCACGAGGCGCUGCUGUGCUACUCCAAGGCGCUGCACCGCGGCACAACCUUCCUCCACCACGCCCUGCCGCGCCUCCUCACUCUCUGGUUCGACUUCGGCGGCCGCUUCCAAGACAGCAGUGUGAGGGGCGACCCUGUGCUCAAGGCAGAGAGCGCGCGCGUGCACGCACUCAUGGCGGACUGCAUUGCGUCGCUGCCAUCCGCGCACUGGCUGGCGGCGCUGCCGCAGCUCACCUCGCGCAUCUGCCACCCCAACCCUGCCGUGCGCUCGCUGCUCAAGGCGCUGCUCGUGCGCCUGCUGACAGCACACCCGCACCCCACGCUCUGGACGCUCACAGCUGUAUGCAAGUCCGCCGUGCCCGCCCGCCGCGACGCCGCCAACGACGUUGUGGCCGGGGCCAAGGCGGCAGCGAGGGAGGAGGGCGGUGCUGCCGGCACAAGUCUCCUGGCUCUCAUCGCAGAAUUCGCCUCGUUCUCGGACGCCAUGAGCCGCCUGUGCUUCCAUGGCAGCGGCACGUCGUCCGGCCCCCGAGUGCGCGCGCUGAGCAUCUCGUCCGACUUCAGCGCGCUCAAGCGCUCCAUGCCGCUCGCUGUCGCUCUGCCCACGCAGGCCGUGCUCGCUGCCGCCCAUGCCAGCACCAGUGCUGCUGGCGCUGGCAGCGGCGGCGGUGGGGAGGGCGAGUGUGUGAGCAUCUGCGGCAUAGCGGACGAGGUGGAGGUGCUGCAGUCGCUGCAGCGACCCAAGAAGGUGGUGCUGGUGGGCAGUGACGGGCGGCGGUACCCGUUCCUGUGCAAGCCCAAGGACGACCUGCGCAAGGACGCGCGCAUGAUGGACCUCGCCGCGCUGCUCAACCGCCUGCUUGCGCGCGCAGGGGAGGGCCGGCGCCGCGCGCUGCGCCUGAGGACGUUUGCAGUGCUGCCGCUGACGGAGGACUGCGGCAUGGUGGAGUGGGUGCCGCACACCCGCGGCUUCCGCCACGUCAUGCAGGACCUGUACGCAGCGCACGGGCUCUUUGACCGGGCGAGGACGCUGGGGCAGGUGAAGCGGCUGUACGACCAGCGUGCGGCGGCGGGGCACAGCGAGGCGGACCUGCUGCGGCGCCACGUGCUACCGCUCUUCCCACCGCUCUUCCAUUGCUGGUUUCUGCAGGCGUUCCCCGACCCGUCGGCGUGGGUGGCGGCGCGCGCGGUGUUCACGCGCAGCUGCGCGGUGUGGUCCAUGGCGGGGCAUGUGGUGGGGCUGGGCGACCGGCACGGCGAGAACCUGCUGGUGGACGCGGCGAGCGGCGAGUGCGUGCACGUGGACUUCAGCUGCCUCUUCGACAAGGGCCUGCAGCUUCAGCAGCCCGAACUCGUGCCCUUCCGCCUCACGCAGAACAUGGUGGACGGGUUUGGCAUCAGUGGGUGCGAGGGCAUGUUCCGCCGCACGGCGGAGAUCACUCUCGGGCUACUGCGCUGCCACCGCUCCGCGCUCAUGUCCGUGCUGCAGACCUUCCUGCACGACCCCCUCGUCGAGUGGACCAAGCCCCACCGCUCCUCCUCCGCUGCUGCUGCUGCCGCUGCCGCCGCUGCUGCCGCUGCUGCAGCUUCCGGUGCUGGUGGUGGCGUAGCUAUGGGCACAGGAGAGAUUCAGAAUCCCUAUGCACAGAGAGCUCUGUCAAACAUUGACUCGCGGCUGCAGGGUGUGGUAGUGGGUGUGGCGGCGGCGCCAUCACUGCCACUGUCAGUGGAGGGCCAGGCGGACUGCCUCAUUCAGCAGGCCACCUCGAUUGACAACCUCUCCCGCAUGUACAUAUGGUGGAUGCCUUGGUUCUGAUGUGCUGGAUAUGACACAAAUGUCAAAUAAAGGAGUGUUAAUGGUGUUUCGAAGCGGGAUGAAGAUGACUCAUGGAACCAGUACUGUACGGUGUAAGCGUUGGAAUCAUGUUUCAGUGCGGUUCACUUUGGUUCUGCGCAAGUCUGAUCCUGAUCCCAGUGCGUAGGAAUAUGCCGUAAGUCUCAGAGUAACGAAUGAACUAGAAUGAGUGAUACAGGGUGGUUUUGGCCUA